AUGGCGUCUUACGGUGAAGACUUUAUUGCAGUCGUCACAGUUCAGUGUUCUUAAUCUGUGCGUCCAUGUACACAUAUAUGUCCUUUAUUACACUUUAUUAAUUAAUAACUGUUUGUAUAUUAGUCUGAGCGCACUUUGAUGCUUCUCCAGCUAGUUUAGCUUGCUAGUUAGCUUAGCUUGUUAGCUGCUAACAAAGAGAGGCGGAAGUGAUGAAAACACAUCGCUAAGCAGAGAUCAAGUGUGAGUGUAAAGUGUUGUGAUUGUGUGAAAAUGUGCGAAAGAACCAUAGCAGAGUACGAGGAGGAACUUUGUCCAACAAAAGAGGAGAAGGAUCAAAAAUAUCAAGUUGUGUUACACAGAACAGACAUCCAUCAGCUGAUUGGACACCAACAAGAAUGUCACCCUCAUCUCCAGGGGGACAGUUUCACUUUAGAGGAUCCACAGCCCUCACAUUUUAAAGGGGACGAGGAGGAUCCACAGCCCCCUUAUUUUAAAGAGGAAGAGGAGGGAGAGUGUGUUGUAGGGCAGGAGGAGGAUGAUGUCAGCAAGUUUCCACUGACUGUUGUCUCUGUGAAGACUGAAGAGCAUGAAGACAAAGCACCUGAGUCCUCACAGCUUCAUCACAGUCCAAGCGUCUGUGAAAAAUAUCGUCCACCUGAGCAGCAGGAGGGGUCCUCCAGUAUGGAGCAGAAGAGGUCAAUGCACCUCCACAUGAAAGAAGAGGAGCCACAGCCCCCCCACUUUAAAGAUGAAGACAAGAGACACCUCAUCAGUGUGAAGAGUGAAGAUGAUGAGGUCAAAGGUGAGAGUGAGGAGAAGAGAGAGGCGGAGCCUCCAAGCAGCAGCUCAACACAACACAUGACAACAGAAGGUGAUGGAGACCACUGUGGAGGAUCACAAGCAGACAAGAUGUUAGCUCCACUAUCAGAUAGUGAGGACACAACGUCACACUCUUCUGACACUGAUGAUGAACACUCUAAAGAUGAUAAGACAUGUCACACUGACAACACUCACUUCACAUGUUCUCACUGUCACAAAACUGUUAAAUAUCCUGGUAAUUUCAAAAGACACAUGAGAAUACACACUGGAGAGAAACCUUUUUCAUGUUCAAUCUGCGGUAAAGAUUUUAUUCAAAAGCACCAUUUGAAUGCACACAUGAGAAUACACACUGGAGAAAAACCUUUUUCAUGCUCAGAAUGUGGUAAAAGUUUUGUAUUAAAUCAAACUUUAAAAUUACACAUGAGAACACACACUGGAGAAAAACCUUUUUCAUGUUCAAUCUGUGGUAAAGAUUUUACUCAAAGGGACCAUUUCAAAGUACACAUGAGAACACACACUGGUGACAAACCUUUUUCAUGUUCAAUCUGUGGUAAAGAUUUUACUCAAAGGGCCCAUUUCAAAGUACACAUGAGAACACACACUGGUGACAAACCUUUUUCAUGUUCAAUCUGUGGUAAAGAUUUUACUCAAAGGGCCCAUUUCAAAGUACACAUGAGAAUACACACUGGUGAAAAACCUUUUUCCUGCUCAGAAUGUGGUAAAAGUUUUGUAAUAAAUCAAAGUUUAAAAGUACACAAGAGAACACACACUGGUGAAAAACCUUUUUCAUGUUCAAUCUGCGGUAAAGAUUUUACUCUAAGGCACCACUUAAAAGAACACAAGAGAACGCACUCUGGUGAAAGACCAUACUCCUGUUCAAGCUGCAACAAAAGCUUUCGUCACCUAAACACUCUUAGAGCACACAUGAGAGCACACACAGGAGUUAAAGUGUUGAGUUGCAGUGUGUGUGGUGAAAGAUGGUCUUCUAGGUACCAGAGUAAGAAACACAAGUGUGCUGGUGAGAACAGCAGCAGCAAAUGAAACUGCAGGAUUUGAAAUAAACUGUCAAAACUUUAACUUUGACUUUCUAACAACAUCAGCACAUAUAACAUGUGUGACAUCAUUGUUGUAUGUGUAACACAAUCUUGUUAUUAUGAUUCCAACAUUUAUAGAUUAGACACUUCAGAUUAGUGCUUUUAUUUCAGUCAAGUUCAUGAGUUAAUAUACACAUUUGUGUACUUUAAAAUGAACAGAACAAUUGGACUGAAAAGGUGAGAAUAAACAGUACAUAAAAUAUGUUACAUACAAUAAACAUUUUAAGUGUAGAUAUUCAUAAUUCACUUUUAUACUUAUUCAUAAUAGUGUUUUAUAUAUGUUUUUUGAAAUAAUGAAGUGUUACAUAUUUUAUGUUCUAAUUGUAGAUGAUUCCAUAGAUGAACUCCUUUAUAUGAUGUACAUAUUUGUUUUACAUGUGUUCAUACCUUUGCUUUUGAGUACACAUAAAUCCCUCUUAGUUCAUAUUUACUGGUUCACAUCUGAAACAUCUUCUGGACCACUUCUGGAAGCAUAUUUUUUACUUUAUACAUCAUUUGAACACUUGUCUUAUAUUAACUUUUAAAAUGUGUGACUUUAUGAAUCAUUUGCUGGGUCUCUAUAAUCCAUUCUAUUAAUUAUCUUUAUUACUCUCUUGUGUAAUAUGAAUAUUGUUGUGUGAUUGUUUUAUAUGUAUGUCCCCAGACCUUUAUGCAAUAAAC